GCUGGACCGCGGCCAUCUCGCCGAAAGAAAGGGAGUCCGAGCGAGGGCGAAGGGACAAAAGCGGGGAAAGGAAGUGGGAGUAGAGAGACUUGGAAGCGGGAUCCCGGCGCGAGGCAAAGGAGCGACCUCUACGUGCUGCAAAAAAAGAAAAAGCAAAAAAAAAAAAAAAAGAGAGAGAGAGAGAGAGAGAGAGAGAGAGGAGGCGGGAACGAGGAAAAAGGGGGAACGCGAUCACAGUCACGGCUGCAGCGCUCCUUGACGCAGCAUGGGCAAUGCACCAUCUCAAGCACAUGCCAGCAGGGCCUGUUAUCCCAAACAAGACCCAGAACGCGGCGGCACUCACAUGAUCUCCACAGAUGACCUGGAGUACCCGCGGGAGUAUCGGACGCUGGGCAACAGCGGCCGGCGCUUCUCCAACGUGGGCCUGGUGCACACGUCAGAGCACCGGCACACGGUGACGGCGGCGCAGAGCCUCGAGGCGCUCACCAACCUGCACAAGGCCGACAUGGAGCGCAAGCGGGACGCCUUCAUGGACCACCUGAAGAGCAAGUACCAGCAGCAGCAGCAGCAGCUGCAGCACCACAACCCGCCGUCACCCUCGCAGUCGCACGGGAGCACCAGGGGAGGCUCGGAGAGGGCCGCACGAGAACAGCAACAACCCAACUACUGGAGCUUUAAGAGCCGCAGCCCUCGCCACUCCCAGUCCACCCAGUCCGGCCUCGCCGACCAGGCCACCAAGCUGUCCUUCGCCUCGGCCGAGUCCCUGGAGACCAUGUCCGAAGCCGACGUGCCCAUCGGCUUCAACAGGAUGAACCGCUUCCGCCAGAGCCUGCCGCUGUCGCGUUCCGCCAGCCAGAAUAAGCUCCGGUCUCCAGGCGUCCUCUUCCUGCAGUACGGCGACGAGACGCGGCGCGUGCACAUCACCCACGAGCUGAGCAGCAUGGACACGCUGCACGCCCUCAUCGUGCACAUGUUCCCGCAGAAGCUGACGGCGGGCAUGCUCAAGUCGCCCAACACGGCCGUGCUGAUCAAGGACGAGGCCCGCAACGUCUUCUACGAGCUGGAGGACGUGCGCGACAUCCAGGACCGCAGCGUCAUCAAGAUCUACCGCAAGGAGCCCGUCUACGCCUCGUACCCGGCCGCCGCCCACCUGGCCAACGGCGACCUGCGGAGGGAGAUGGUCUACUCGUCCCGUGACUCUUCGCCGACGCGCCGCCUCAACACUCUCCCCUCGUCGUCGGGCUCUUCGGGCUCGCCGUCCCGCUCGCGCCUCUCCUACAGCGGCGGCCGCCCGCCCUCCUUCGCCGCGUCCCACGAGCAGGCCCGGCACCCCCACCACGUCGCCGCCGCCGCCGCCCACAUGGCCAACGCGGCCCUUUCGCCCUCGCCCAGCGCCAUCCUGGAGAGGCGAGACGUCAAGCCGGACGAGGAGGUCUCGGCGAAGAACUUGGCCUUGAUGAAGAACGAGUCCCUGUACGCGGACCCCUACAGCCUGAUGCACGAGGGUCGCCUCAGCAUCGCCUCCACGCAGUCCCUGGCUGCCAUCGGCGACCCCUUCAGUUUCCCCGUGUCUUCUGGAUUGUACCGCCGCGGCUCCGUCCGCUCCCUCAGCACGUACUCCGCCGCCGCCCUGCAGGGGGAGCUGGACGAUUCGCUCUACAAACCCGGGGGCUCGCUCUACUCCGACACGUACUCGGCUACUCUGGGCAUGGGCUUCCGCAUGCCGCCGUCGUCCCCGCAGAAGAUCCCCGACAUGCAUUUGCGCGACAGAGACUCCUACUCCGGCUCGCCCAGCAGGUCUUCGCCCGUCAGGCAGAACUUCCGCAAAGAUUCCGCGUCCUCCUCCGUGUUCGUGGACGGUCCCAAGUCCAGACCCAGUUCUGGCUCCGAGCCUCUCUGCCUCACCGCCGGACCCGGGGAGGGGGGAAGGGCCACGCCCGGUUUUGGGUCAUCCCUGUCUGGACCGGACGUAGAUGCCAGCAGGGAUCAUCGUCUGGAGCGCAUGGAGGCGAUGGAGAAGCAGAUCGCCAGUCUGACGGGCUUGGUCCAGAGCGUCCUGACCAGAGCCCCCGACAGUGACAGCACAUGCGGCCUGCUGCGUCUCUGCAUGAUGGCGGGCUGCCCCCCGGACCAGGGAGCCGACUUCUCACGGACAUUACCUUUCUCUUCCAGCGACAAGACCGACACCAACAGCGAUGGCUCCGCCACCGGAAGGCGGCUAAAGAAGAAAGCGCACACGCCGUCGGCCCCGCUGGCGCUGAUGCCGCCGCCGCCGUCCAACUCCACGCCGUUGAACAACGUCAGCCGCCUGCAGAUGCAGCUGCACCUGCACGGGCUGCAGCAGAACGCCAACGACCUGCGCAAGCAGCUGGGACAACUGCGCAAGACGCAGCUGGAGAACCAGGACUCCAUGUCCACGCUGCUGAAGCGCACCGAGGCGGAGCUGAACGUGCGCGUGGCGGACGCCCUCCGAAAGCAGGAGGACCCCCUGCAGAGGCAGCGCCUCCUGGUGGAGGAGGAGAGGCUGAAGUACCUGAACGAGGAGGAGCUCAUCAUCCAGCAGCUUCAUGACUUGGAGAAGUCGGUGGAGGACAUCCAGAAGGAGUCGUCCGUCAACCACAAGCUGGUGAGCGUGCAGGAGCUGGAGGAGAAGACGGCCGUCCUCCGAAAGUUGGGCGAGACGCUCACCGAGCUCAAGAAUCAGUUCCCCGGCCUUCAGAGCAAGAUGCGAGUGGUGCUCAGGGUGGAGGUGGAGGCGGUUAAGUUCCUGAAGGAGGAGCCGCACAGGCUGGACGCUCUGCUGAAACGCUGCAAGACCAUCACGGACACCCUCAACGCCAUGCGCAAGCAAGCCAACGAGGGCGUGUGGAAGAAGCACGAGGACUUCACGUCGUCCAAGCACAACGAGGAACUGAGAAAGUUCUCGGACUUCGACAUCCCCGUCAGCCCGCCGCUCGCCCUCAACGACCUCGGGGGAGGGAACAGCCUGUCCAAUUGGAGCCCGCACGCCAGCCUCGCCCGCCGGCACCACGGGAACCCGGCCGGACCGCACAAAGACAAUCACCCGCCAGUCCCGCACAAAGGCAAAGCCCUGGAGGAGCUGGAGCGCCGCAGUGCUGCCGAGAAGGCGUUGUCCGUAGAAGUUCGCCUGGCGGCCGAGCGAGACUGGGAGGAGAAGCGAGCCAGCCUUACCCAGUACAGCGCUCAGGACAUCAACCGUCUGCUGGAGGAGACCCAGGCCGAGCUCAUGAAGGCUAUACCCGACCUGGACUUUGCCGCCAAGCAGAUCAAGCCCUCCUCCAACGCGACGCCCUCGCAGGCGCCCCAGACCCCUCAGAGCGGGACGGCCACACCCGAGCACCGGGCCCUCAACAACAAGCCGCCGCUGAAGAAGGAAGGAGGGUCCAGGCUGGGAUCUGACGAGCUGACGGUGCCUCGCUACCGCACAGAAAAACCCUCCAAGUCUCCCCCUCCGCCGCCGCCCAGACGCAGCUUCCCAUCUUCCCCGGGCCUGAUCACACGCAGCGGCGAGCAACUCGUCCCCGCGAAGAGUGUCAAGAAGUCCGACUCCGAGGAGGGAGAGGGCCAGAAGCCUCACGUCAAACUGAGGAGGACCGUGUCGGAAAACCCUCGUCCCGCUUCCACGCCUCCCACGCUGUCCGCAGACAAGGCAGACGCAGAGCAGGAGAAAAGUUCUGCACAGUUGGAGGUCAGGCCUCCGUGUCGCGUUCCACACAUCACGUUGACCGAGUGUCCCCUCAGAGAUGUCCCCCGUUGUCCCCCGACGACGAGUCCUUCGCCUCCUCGGCGCGAGCCGGAGACGCGGGCUUCCUCGCGGGAGGAAGGCAAACGGGAAGUGACUUUGCUCCUGACCGAGCUGGAGAUGCGGGCGCUGUCGCCCUUCGAGGCCCAGGAGCUGAGCGGCGCCAUGGGGGUCAUUUUGCAAACGCGCACCGUCUCGGCAGACGCCGCGGCGCUCUCGGAGGCCGACUUGAGCGAGCGGCCUCUGCUCCUGCUCUUCAGGGAGGAGGCCACGCUCAAGGAGGCCUACGAUCUCCUCCUCGCCCUGUUGGAGGCGCCACAACCGCGGCCCAAACCCAGAAAAAGAUCCUCCGCCCGCUCGGGCCGGCGAGACGCCCUGGUGACGGCUCUGAGGAGAGGGAUCGAGACGGGCGACGUGGUUCUGAAACUCCAACCUUGCACAGAGACCAAGAGUCCCGAUGGAGACGCAAGUCUUUCGACGUCGGACCUGGCCUGCACUCGUUCCGAACCGGGAGAAAAUGUCUGCCAAGCGGCCUACAAUAGGCUGGACAGCUUGGAGGAGACCAUUCGGGAGUUGGAGAACACCUUCCUGGAGAUCAGCGGAGGUUCCCGAGUGGAGGAGCCCGACAUGGACCCCCCAGCGAGCGGGAAGCCGCCAGUCCCACCCAAGCCGUCAAGACAGGGAGGGAACGGCGCCCUGUGCAAGGUCCCGCCGGCCCCGGCCUCCAAACUGAAGCACCUGCAGCAGCAGAACAGCACGGACAAGUACAAAGGGGCCAAGAGGGAGGACUUCCUGAAGGCCCAACAGCAGCAGUGAGCAUGCGUGCGCGGGCAACCGCCACCUUGUAGGCCCCCAUUCCAUCGUUCCGCCCCUCCCCCCCCCCUCCUACUCCCCCAUCCUCAUCCUUCCGCGCCCCUCAUCGCGUGU